AUGCACUUCCUAAAGCGGUACUCCAGUCUUCCUGUGUUCUCUCUUCAGAGUUCCUCGGAUCGAGAGUCAAUCCUGAAUAUCCUUGGCAUUCUCACCGACUUGCUUUCUGCUGGUACAGACCGCAGGAUUCUGUACAUGAUCAGCAAGGGAGGCAGCGAAGCCCUCCUGAGGACGUUGGUGGAUUCGGCCCUGUCAGCUUCUCCUGAUUACAGCAUCCUCUUGCCUCUGCUACGGCUGUUGGUCAAAGUAGGACAAAGAGAUAAGAAGUUUGGACAGAAAGCUCUGGAGCUAGAGGCGAUCGAUGUGACACUGAUUCUGGCCAGGAAAAACCUGUCUCAAAGCCAGAAUCUUAUUCACUGUCUCUGGGCUUUGCAAGUUUAUGCUUCCAAUGCCAAUACUGGAGCCAUGCUGGGGAUUAAUGGAGCAAUGGAACUGCUAUUCAAAGUCAUUACUCCUUAUGCCAAGAAGCGCACCCGAAUUAUAAGGGCUGCCACUCAAGUUCUUGCAGUGCUGCUGAAAUCAAAGUCCAACAGCAGACGGGCCGUCAACAGAGGCUAUGUCGGGGGGCUACUCAGAUUAUGCCAGGACUGGCACAGCAACGACUCCUCCAACAACUACACGCAAAUCCGCCAGGGUCUCAUGCUGUGCCUCAAGCACAUCACCAACAUCCGGUCUGGCCAAGAGGCCUUCCUGGGGGCCCGGGGCAUGGAGAUCCUCUUUUCCAUCCUGCAGGACUGCCUGGGUAGCAAGAGUUUGGACCCCAUUGUGACAGUUGUGCUGCAGAUCCUGCGGAAAUGUUACCCCAAAUGCCUGUUACCCUUAGCUUCCACCAGGAGUGCAUAUUCCUUUCCUGAUCCUGGAAACAUCUUCUCCGGACCACCCUGGGCUGAAAAUGAAGAGGAUUUUGAAGAUGAUGAUGAGGAAGUGGACAAGGACUCGGAUUCUGAAAAUCCAGAGAUGGAGGAGGACGAUGACCUGGAGAAAGAUGUCAACAAGCUGAAGUCCAGGCCAGGCCUCGACCGACCUGAAGAAGAGCUGGAACAGUAUGAGGCGAUGUGCCUGGAACUCACCCUCAACUUUCAGGAGUUGGAGGCCGUGGAGGGAACUGAGGCUGACUCCAGAAGGGAGAUGGAAUGCAGAACCAGCUCUUGCCCCGGAAACAUUCCAAGUUGUCCCUCCCCAUCCUGCCGGUCCAGGCCACAGGAACCGGGGGAUCCAGGGUCCCAGAUGAAGAAAGGGGACUCUCCUGGGGACCCAGCCUCUGACCCCAUUAAGGUGGGAAGUCCCAUCCAGAGUGGGAACCCUGGUUCCGGUGAAGAUGCCACCAGAUGUCAAGAAACCCUUUCCCCGACGUCCCUCCAGAAGAUGGCCCGGAACGCAGAAAUGUUUUCCUGCCAAAGCGUGAACUCCUCAAUUCCGUGGCCCAGGGGGCCUGGGGAAACCCCAAAAGUCUUGGACCAGCUCCUGGAGAGCCAUCCCCAGGACAUCCCCUUCCACAAUCCCCAUCUUUACGUCACCCACUCGGGAAGAACCAAGUCUGUGCCCAAAUUCAGGGUGUUGGCCCUGCCUGACUUCUGGGGUCACCGCUCACCUCCUUCCGGACAGUCCCUGUUGGAGCGUAAACGUGGAAUCCAGAGGGCCAAAAUAUCGGAGGACAUCCAACGGCUCAUCCAGACGGAUGACGUGAUUGGCCGGGUCGUCUUCAGUCUCGACGAACCUUGCCCCGUGCAAAGCAGCAGUGAGACAGACUGCUUGCGGUUCUUCUCCAGGUUUGAAUCCGGGAACCUUCGGAAGGCCAUCCAAGUGCGUGAGUUUGAGUAUGACCUGUUAAUGAAUGCCGACGUCAACACCGCUCAACACCAACAGUGGUUCUACUUUGAGGUCAGCGGCAUGAAAGCAGCCAUUCCCUACCGCUUCAACAUCAUCAACUGCGAAAAGGUCAACAGCCAGUUCAACUACGGGAUGCAGCCCACCAUGUACUCGGUCAAAGAGGCUCUCCUAGGCAGGCCGGGCUGGGUCCGAGCUGGCUGUGAUCUCUGUUAUUACAAAAAUCACUAUCGCCAGAGUAAAGCCGCAGUUGGAGAAGCAGGAAGGAAAGGCUAUUAUACCCUCACUUUUGCCAUCACUUUUCCUCACCAUGCAGACGUCUGCUACUUGGCUUAUCAUUAUCCCUACACCUACACUGCUCUGAUGGCUCACCUUGACCUUCUGCAACGGAGUCUCAACCCAAAGAAGGUUUACUUUCGCCACGAGGCCCUCUGCCAAUCUCUGGGAGGAAAUCCGUGCCCUCUAGUGACGGUCACAGCCACCCCCAAGUCUAGUAGCAGCGAAGACGUGGAGCAAUUCCGACGGCGUCCAUACCAGGUGCUCAUGGCCCGGGUCCAUCCAGGAGAAAGCAAUGCCAGCUGGGUAAUGAAAGGCACCUUGGAGUUCCUCGUAAGCAGUGACCCCAUUGCUGAGCUCUUGAGGGAAACCUUCAUUUUCAAAAUUGUCCCCAUGCUCAACCCAGACGGUGUCAUCAAUGGCAAUCACAGAUGUUCCCUGCGUGGAGAGGAUCUGAACAGACAAUGGCUGUCGCCCAAUGUCCAACACCAACCAAUCAUCUACCAUGCCAAGGGAUUUCUCUACUAUCUCAACAGCAUCGGAAGGGCUCCACUGGUGUUCUGUGACUUCCACGGCCACUCCCAGAAGAAGAACGUGUUUCUCUAUGGCUGCAGUGUCAAGGAGACGCUCUGGCAGGCUGGGGGAACAGUGGAUCCAACCCUGAUCACUGAGGACGUUGGCUAUAGGACCCUUCCCAAAAUCCUGGAUAAGGUGGCCCCAGCUUUUGUGAUGAGCAGCUGCAGUUUUCUGGUGGAGAAAUCCCGGGCAGCCACGGCCCGCGUGGUGGUGUGGCGGGAACUGGGAAUUCUGAGGAGCUACACCAUGGAGAGCAGCUAUUGCGGAUGCAACCAAGGCCGAUACCAGGGCCUGCAGUUUGGAACUCGGGAGCUAGAGGAGAUGGGAGCCACCUUCUGCCUCAGUCUUCUCCUCCUGCAGCUCAAGUCCCUUCCUCGGAGUCACACACUCUUGGCACAGAUAGCCUCCCUUCUGGGUGAAGAGGAAGAGACUGUGGACCACUGGCUCCAGAGAAGCAGCCGCAGCAGCAGCAGCGGGAUCCCAGAACUGGAUGACGAGCCCUCAUGUAUGGAAGAGAUUGAUUACGGAGCAGACGGUUGCUCCGACCGGGAAGGGGACAUAAUGGAACUAGACCGACAGAUCCAGGAGAGUGUCCUGGGGGUGAGAGAAGAAGAAGAGGAAGAGGAGAAGAGGGAAGGGGUGGCAGAGCAAUCGCCUUGCAGCACUGAACUUCCAGGGGAGAUCUGCUUCUCCAGUCACAGAGCAAGUUAUCCUGGUCCUGAGACCAUAGCGCCUUUGGGAGUGUUUGACAGAGUAAAAAACAGCAUUGGCCACAGCACCUCCCUUUAG